AUGGCUAAACGAAAUGUACAGCCUCCGAAGAAGAGGCAGAGAAAGAGGAAUAGAGUCCCCAUAUCGUGCACGAUCUGUCGGCGAAGAAAGGUGAAGUGCGACAAGAAGAAGCCUCAAUGUGCCAACUGCGUCAAAAACGGAGUAGCACAUCUCUGUCGAUACUUGGAGCCGAGUUGGGCCAAGCCGCUCUGUGAUGACGAGCUGAAAAUUCCUGGCACCAAUGUAUCCAAUUACAACGACCAAUUACAACACGAGAAUUCGAGGAUGAAGAGAAGGAUUCAAGAUUUGGAGCAGCAGAACUCAGAGUUAAAGCAUAAUCAAUCACAUGGUGGUGUGGUGGAUAGAGUAGCUGCCAUGCGUGGGUCUGAUAAUACCGAUUUACUGGAUUGUAUAGCCAACUCCAGCAUUCUGUUUACCGCUAAGAGAGGUCCCGUGUAUCAUUUCCCAAUUAUAUACCAGAUUAGUGUUCUUUCAUGGAUGUUCAUAGUGCGUAAUGACUCCUAUUUGAACGAUCUAUGGCUUAAGAUCAUCAAGUUGCGCAGGCAUUAUGAGUACUAUUAUAGCAGUAAGAAUGCCAUGAUGGAUGCUUCAAAAACAUUGGCCAAGGACUACAAUAACUAUGGCUCCAAGCUGGAUAAGAUCCGUGAUCGUGCCAGUGUUGGUGUUAUUCCUCCAGAGAAGACUGUCGAGCAUACCAGUAAGUUGAAGAAGUUUUUGGAUGGUACCUUGUCGAAGAGUGCAACUGGAGUAUCUUCCUCUCUGGACGAUGCUCCUCCUGGCACUUCAAGAUCUGGCUGUCCAGUGGUUCGGGAUGGGAGUUAUAGGAACUUGACUCAGAAUCGUAUGAUGACCAAUAAAUGUCCCGUUAUGCACCCUGGAAAUGCAUCUGUGAGCUAUUCAGAUGUUCCGGAGGACGAUGAGGACGAAGUGGACGAUAUGGAGGACUCUAAAGUGUGUCCUUUGAUGAUUGGUGAUGCCCGUGCUUUAUUUAAGGAGAAGCUUUCUCGGAUGAAUUUGAGUGCGAUGCGAGAAACAGUGAAACCGAGGGAUAAUGAAGCACCUUUAGCAAAAACGCCCGAAAAUGAGACGAAGGAUGGGACUGUAACACCUCCGACGUCCCAUGGAAGUCCAGUAGAAGCGGCCAAAACAGAUUCAUCCAUUUCUACAGUUUCUACUACAUCUGGUAAGAAGCGAUCGUGUCCAGAAAGUAGAACUAGUUGUUCUUCAAGUCACAGGAACAAACGGAUUCAAACUAUAUCUCCUUCAGCUGUCAAAAGCUUGAAUUAUAACAAUACCAAAGAGGUAAUAACUGUUAUAGAGAAGAAUUUACCCAGCAGAAAGGUGGUUUGGCUGCUAAUUGAUCGGUUUUUUGAGAAGCUUUAUCUCCAUUUCCCAUACAUUGAUGAAGAAACAUUUCGUAUUCGAAUAGCUUCCAUCAUUGACACUACAGAGGCGGGAUCUGAGAAGAUCAAGUUGCAAUCAAUUGGGUCUCAGUACUGCGAAGAGUUUCUCAACGUUUGUCUCAUGCUUGUUAUUAUUCGGCUAAGUUGGCUUUCUCUUCCUGAUAAGGUCUCUAAUGAUUUGACGGCCGAGGAGGUGUUGAUGAUGAAGCCAGAGAACUUGGUUACAAUGGUUCUUAUCGAUAUGGUGAAGGAGAUUUUUUCUAGUGCCAAAAUCAUGGGUAAGCCAUCGCUUAUCAUCUUCCAGGUGGGUCUCUUCUUGAAGAUAUACAAUAUUUUGUCUCCCGAGGACGGCUUUGACUUGGAUGAUUCGUUCACCAACAAUAACAACUCAUCUUUGUUGGUUUCCAAUGACCUCAGUGGAGAUUUGACUAAUGAGGCUCCUGACAUGAACUCUCCCAAUUUCAUGGCAAUGUUGGUUCAGUUGGCUAGAACUAUUGGGCUCAAUAGAGAUCCUUUAAACUUCAAGAACUUCUACUCGUCGAGUUCAGAUCCAAUUACGAAUGCCAGAUUAUUUCGUAAGAGACAUCUGUGGCGUAAGUUGUGGUACGGAUUAAUGUACCUUUCUAUAGAAAGCAAUUUGAGUAUGGGUGAUUACAAGAAAGGAUUGCCGAUUGAGCUAGAUUUGGAUCCCACUCUUGGUUCUGUCAACAAGACGUGGGAUUGCAGGUUGCCGGGAGGAGUGGAGCAAGGUGUUUUGGAGAAAUCUUUCUACGGACCAGCUUUGGAGAAGGAGCAGAUAGUGGUGAGUAACUUCAGAGAUUCUAUCGUUGUUUAUCACUCCCUCUAUAAGGCUAUGAAUGCUCUAUUUUUGACGGAUUCCCCACCUACAACGAAGAGUAUGGGCCAAAUCAUGAACAGAUUGCUUGAUCUGAUCUCUGAGAAAUCGAAGCUGGGGCUAAAUACCUCAUUUUUGCUGUCUCCUGGUGAUAAUACCACUGCAGCCAGCGCGAGCAAUAUGAAUGCACGGUCCAGAACCUCCCUCAAUGAUACCCGUUAUGGGAAAUACGUUCGGAUCUACAAGUUGAGACUUUACUUAGUGAUCAAGUCACUGCUAUUUGCACUAAAUUACUUGCUUCUGUUGAACCACGAGCAAAAGUUUAACAGGCUUAUUGCAGACAAGUCGAGCACCAUUCCUAAGAUUACUAGGCAAAAAGAGUAUAUUGACACGUAUUUUGAAGGCUCGUUGCUAUUAGCCAUUGAUAACUUCAAUUUUUUUAUUCAGCUUAUCGACAACUUGUCAAAAUUGUUUCCAAACUGCGGUGCAAAGCUCAUUACGUUUCCGUUUUUGCUUGUUUUGAACCACAGAUCGCAUGAAUUUCUCAUCUCUCUGAUUCUUCGGCUUCAACAAGGUUCUCCAAUCAUCGUGGAGAUCCUUGAGAAAAACGGAAUAGACAGGGACAAGUUGUUGAAGAGGUUGUUUCAUUACCUUAGCACCUUCUUGGACAAGUUAGAUGGUCUUACUAAAUCAUAUUAUUAUGCAUGGCGAUUGAGGAAGAUGGUGAAGUUCUUCUACAGUAUUCUAACCAACUCCAAGAAACUAUUCAGUAUGGAUUUCAAACAAAUGAAUGCGGGCAUCAAGGAGGAGCCUCAAGAAGAUCCUUCGAUUCCUCCAACGAGUUUUAUUGGUGGUCGUCGUGUGGUUCCUCUUCGUCCGAAGCAGCCUCUUGUGUAUCUGGAGCAGCAGCAGCAGAAGCAGCAGCCUCGGCUGCAGAAACAGCCUCAACAAAUACAUCAGCUGCCGCUUAGUGGGCCCGCUAGUGCCUUUGAGAUUGCAUUUGGUACGUCGAAGCUACCGCCUGUGACUGAUUAUACUGAUCUUAACAACGCUGCUUACGAGUAUUAUCAGCAAGAUGCAAUACAUGCAGCUACUAGUCCUAUGGCUCCUGGUUCAUUCAGAAGCCAGCCGUUUGCUUUGCCAUCACGUGGGCCACCUCAACAGAUUUCGUUUGUGUCCCAGAAAGGUCUGGGAAAUAUGAGAGAAGUUAAGGGAGGUAUGAUUGGUAAUCAGUACGCUGGUCAGAUCGAUGACUUUUUGGAUGAAAACUUCUUUACAGAUCUCACAGAGCUGAAUAUGGGCUCUCUGGCUAAUGAUUCAAUGGAUGGUAUGGCUUGUCCUCCAGGAAUGCUGAGUUCAGCCCUUUCGGGAGAGAUGGGGGUCGUCGGAAGCGAGUCUUCCACGAUCAACAUGAGGAAUGGGGAAUUUGCCAUCGAUGGUGGUGCCGGUGGUGCCGGUGGUGAUGUGGGUGGUGUAGGCGGUGGUAUGAGUCCUGGUCUGGGUCCUGAAAUCGGAGCAGGAAUUAUUGUGAGCGCACAGAAUGCCAUGUUUGGUGGAAAUGGAUUUGUAGGAAGUGCUUACAACUCUUUGAAUGAGAUCGAUUUUACAAAUGUUGAUCUCAGCUCACAGUUUGGUGACAAUAACAGUAACUACAGUCAGGCAGGCAUCAAUGGAGCCGGUGGAGCCGAUGGAGCCGAUUUGGACGAGAGGUUUGGUGCCACUGGUAUGGAGGCCAUAUCCACUGAAACUACAGGUACCACGGGAGUCAUGGGAACCAGCUCUUCUCGAGCAGCCAAUAUCAGCCCAGAAUCCCAUCAUUUAGGACUUGAAGGGCUUAAUUUAAGGUUUACGGAAUAG